AUGGCGGCAGAUUUGCCUGACCUGGUGAAUGAAGUCCUCCAGAAACAACAUGCAGAGCUUCUCGGCCGACUCGAGACCUGGCUCGGAAGGGUGGAGGCGGCUAUGGAUGGCCGCUUGCUUCCUCUUCCUGGUCCUUUGGGCCCUCCUCCUAAGGAGUUCGACGCAAAAGCCGAGGACGAGGUUGCGGUGUCAGCAGAGCUGAUCGGAACCAAGCCGUUGCGGCAAGAAAGCAAGCAGAGCAAGCAGAAGGAGGACACGCCGACCCACUCCGUCUCCACCAAGUCGCUACGCAAGACGAUCCAGACGCAUGACUACGAGGAGGCCCAGGAAGAAGCAGCGCGCUUUGAGUCGUACAAGAAGAUGGUUUCGACAGAGGCUGUGUCAGUCUCAACUGGUGACUUUUGCGGUGGUUGCCGAAGAGUGGCGAGUUUCAUCGCAACGUCCAUGGCUUUCAAUGGCUUUGUGGCGUUUGUCAUCGUCUCGAACUCUGUGUUCUUGGGAAUGCAGCUGGAGUGGACAGCAAUAGGCGGCAACGAUCCCGAUGCAGCUUUUGCCUUCCUCGUUGGCCACGUUUGUUACGCUGUUAUCUUCACUGUGGAGAUGUCCAUUCGACUCGUGGCCAUAGGACCCACCAACUUCUUUUGUGGCCCCGACUACGCGUGGAACUGGCUGGACGUCUUCAUCGUAGUCCCCGCCUGGGUUGAGCUGGCCGUGGACGUAACUGGCUCUGCCAGCAACUUCCGCAUCAUUCGAGUGUUUCGUGUCACGCGGUUGCUGCAGCUCAUUCGGUCUGUCCGUCUCAUUCGCUUCAUCAGCGCAUUCCGCGAGCUGGUUUUGUCAGUGAUCGACACUGUCCGCCAGGUAUUCUGGGCAAUGGUUCUCUUGGUUCUCAUGAUCUACAGCUUUGGUAUCCUCUUCACAGACAUAAGCCUCCAGCACAAUGAGACUUUCCCACCGGAUCUUCAACUUCAGCAGUAUUUUGGCAGCCUGUACAUCUCCUGCAACACGCUGUUCCGAGCACUGCUGGAAGGGUUUGAUUGGGUCAACGCGGCUGACAGCCUUGAGCCUGCUGGCACGAUUUGGGUCCAGUUUUUCCAUUUGUACAUGGCAGUCGGUGGCCUGGCCAUCUUAAACGUGAUCACAGGUGUCUUCGUGAAUAGUGCCAUCAAGACCCGCGAGAAGGAUCAGGAGACCUUGCUGCGGCACGUGCAGACAUUCAAGCAACUUGUGGCGAAUCUAUGGGCAAAAAUUGAUGUGAAUGGAAUUGGGCAAAUCAGCCUCUCAGACUUCGAGGAACUUUUCCAGCAAGAGGAGAUGAAGGCGUUUUUCGCAAAGAUUGAAGUCGAUGCGGUCGAUUGCUGGACCUUAUUCGACAGUCUGGAUGCAGAUGGAGAUCACCUGGUCAGCUACAAGGAUUUCUCGGAAAGGUGCAUGCAGCUGCAUGGCACGGCACGAUCUGUAGAUCUCUUUUCCCUCAAGCAGCAAACUUCAAAGCUGUGGGAUGAACUCCAGGCAGUGGAGGAGUCCCAGCGGGAGGCAAUGCAGCAUUUGACUUGGCUCACUCGUGCAAUGGCCUCGCUGCUCCCAGUAGAGCCCUCGGACACUUCCCGGUCCAACGAGCUUAUAGCUUGGGAGUUGAAAUGGGCUGACCACGAAGUUGCCAAUCGUCAGUGA